GAUACUCGAGUCUAGUGUCCACAACAACGCAUUUCUUUCGAUCUUUGAAUCUAGAUCUUGUACUUUUAAAGGGCUUACUCUUUGAAAAUCGAUAUUUUUUCCACUGUUCUAACAAAUGUCUGAGCGAAGUUUAGAGCAAGGUGAAGUUAUGAGUAGUCCGGAGUCUUCUAGCUCCUCAAGCCAUCGUUCAAAUCAUAGUGAAGGUUUAUCAAUUCAGCCACCCCAAUAUCGAAAGCACAGGCAUAAACACAAAAAAAAUUAUCGUGAAAGUAGAUAUGAACAUCGGGAAAGAAAGGAAAAGCCGUCUUUGCAAAGCACCUUAUCCAGAUCGUCAGAUUCAAGGCACAGCGAACACGGAUCAAGAAAGGAGAGAUCACUGAAGGAGAGGGAACGAUUGGAAACAGCCGAAAGAGAUCGAUUAAGGAAAGAAAAAGACAAAAAAAGCAGAUAUCGUUCUAGAGAAAAAGAGAAACGUGAUCACGACAGAUAUUCAGAAGAUAGCUCUUACGGUAAACGACCAAGGAGUAGGACGCCUAAACUUAGAAAAUAUAGGCAAGAUGAUGAAAUCAUGGAGCAUAAAGACACCGAAGAAAAAGUUGAAGAAUUCGAAGACGAUGAUGAGAUGGAAAAUGAGCUGGAAAAAGCUUUUAAAGAUGCAGAGAAAAAAAGUAAACAAAAAUUUGAACAAGAGUCCGAAUUCAGCGAUGAAAGUAGGUCAAGAGUACGACGUAUUUCAAAAUCAGGACGCGUUAAAUCGAAAUUUGAAGAUUCUUCAUCGAGUUCCUCGCCAUCUUCGGAUUCUUCAUCGUCACCUGAAAGCAGUAAGGAGGCUGAAAAGCCCAAAAAAGUUGAACGCCGAGAUACUUCUUCAGGAGGUGAGGAAGAAAGUCCGAUUGAAGAUGAUGGAUUUUAUAGAAAAGCCAAAGAGGAGGAAGUGGAGGUAGAGGAUACACCUCCUCAGUCACCUCUUGAACUCAAGGCAGAAUUACCCCCUUACUUACCAGCUUUACAGGGAUGUCGAAAUGUCGAAGAGUUUCACUGUCUAAAUCGAAUUGAAGAAGGAACCUACGGCGUGGUUUAUAGGGCGAGAGAUCUUAAAACAGAUGAAAUUGUAGCUCUAAAACGAUUAAAGAUGGAAAGAGAAAAAGAAGGUUUUCCAAUUACAUCUUUGCGCGAAAUUAACACUCUCUUGAAAGCCCAACAUCCCAAUAUUGUUACUGUUCGAGAAAUCGUUGUUGGAAGUAAUAUGGACAAAAUUUUUAUUGUAAUGGAUUACGUUGAACAUGACUUGAAAAGCUUGAUGGAAAGCAUGAAAGAGCCAUUUAUCCAGGGAGAAGUAAAAACGCUUAUGAUUCAGCUCUUAAGCGGCGUCAAUCAUCUUCACGAUAAUUGGAUAAUGCACAGAGAUCUUAAAACUUCCAAUCUUCUUUUAAGUCAUCAAGGUGUAUUGAAAAUAGGAGAUUUUGGGUUGGCCAGAGAAUUUGGUUCUCCGUUAAAAGCCUAUACACCUAUCGUUGUUACCCUUUGGUACAGAGCUCCUGAGUUGCUUUUACAAGAUAAAUUGUAUACAACAUCAAUUGAUUUAUGGUCUGUCGGUUGCAUUUUUGGUGAAUUAUUAACUAGAAAGGCUUUGUUCCCCGGAAAAUCAGAAAUAGAUCAACUGAAUAGAAUUUUUAAGGAUCUCGGAACACCGAAUGAGAAAAUUUGGGAAGGUGUUUCUCAACUUCCCGUUAUGAAAAAAUGUACAUUUAAGACACAUAUAUACAAUGAACUAAAGAAAAAAUUUGGAACCGUCUUAACUGAAUGUGGAUUCGAUUUGAUGAAUCGUUUGCUUACAUAUAACCCACAAAAGAGAAUAACGGCAAGUGACGCUCUAAACCAUCCGUACUUUCGCGAAACACCUCUACCAGUUAAAGCAAGCAUGUUUCCUACAUGGCCUGCUAAAAGUGAAAAAGGAUCGGCAAAACGAACUAGCCACGGUAAUUCUCCAAAAGCACCAUCCGGCGGAAAGGCUUACGCUAAACUGGUUGGAGAAGAUGAAAAACUAGAAAAAGGAUUUUUUGUCGGACCUAACGAAGCAAAAGGCGCAGGCUUUUCACUUAAAUUCUAAAUCAAGUUUAUUUUGUAAAUAGAUGAAUCAAUACUUAUCAUUGUUUUUUUGUUUUCCUAUCAUGAAAAUAAAAUUACUAUAUAUUUCAAACAUUUGAAAAGAUAACCAAAAAACAAGUCUUCU